GCGGGGCUUGCGGCCCGCCGUGUUGACGAGUCGCCUAGCAACGGAGAGGCCCACCUUUGGAAGCUUGUUGCAGCUCUAGCCACGGUCCUGCCCUCUUCCCGCCCCUCGCCUCCCUAAACUCCCUUCACCUAGGAGCUGCCAAACAUCGGGAUCGACCUGGGCACCACGAGGGGUUGAAAUUCUACCAUUUACGCGCCUUUCCACAUUGUUCCCGACCUCCUGCUCACAGCCGUAAAACCCACUGACUGUUUGACUACACUUUUGUAGGAGAACAAGACACUUUCUAGGAAGAUGGUGGCAGAAAAAGAGACCCUGAGCUUAAGCAAAUGCCCAGACAAGAUGCCGAAGAGGACCAAGCUGCUGGCGCAACAGCCGCUCCCGGUGCACCAGCCUCACGCCCUGGUGUCUGAGGGCUUCACGGUCAAAGCCAUGAUGAAAAACUCAGUCGUGAGAGGCCCUCCAACUGCCGGGGCAUUUAAAGAAAGACCAACCAAGCCUACAGCAUUUCGAAAAUUUUAUGAGCGAGGAGACUUCCCAAUUGCCCUUGAGCAUGAUUCGAAAGGAAACAAAAUAGCCUGGAAGGUAGAAAUCGAGAAGCUGGAUUACCAUCAUUAUCUGCCUCUGUUUUUUGAUGGGCUUUGUGAAAUGACAUUUCCCUAUGAGUUUUUUGCUCGGCAAGGAAUCCACGACAUGCUGGAACACGGGGGGAACAAGAUUCUACCUGUCAUUCCACAGCUCAUUAUCCCGAUAAAAAACGCCUUGAACCUCCGAAAUCGACAGGUCAUCUGUGUCACACUCAAAGUCCUCCAGCAUCUGGUCGUGUCGGCUGAGAUGGUGGGUGAGGCUUUGGUACCCUACUACCGUCAAAUCCUCCCCAUCAUGAACAUCUUUAAGAAUAUGAAUGCGCAGACUCUGGGAAUCCCUCGACCGUUGCUUCAAGGCAGAGAUCACAAACCCUUUUCAGAGCCGUGAAUCCCCAGCAUUCCUCCUGCCGCGCACGGCCCAUUAACAGUGGAAGCUCCAGAGGGGACAGGGUGAGCCAGGAGUUCUGCUUGGCUGCUUCAGGGAGAGCCAGUGUUUUGCAGUCUAGCGAACUAAUUGCGCACUCCUGAUGAGAUCAUUAGAGGACAAUAAAGGAAAAUGGAAACAGUUUGCAAUAUGUGUAGGCAAAUUUCCAUAUAGGAUCAUUUUUGUUUUGCUUAAAUGCUGGGUACAGACUUUCUGUCAUGAGCUGGGUUCGUUCUGAUUUUUAAUGUGCAGCUUGCAGCUUAACCUUCAAGCACACAGUGAGUCAGGCUGGUUUGUGCCUGUGCGCACACAGGCGAUAGUGACAGUGUGCUGCUCACACAGGAGAGAGGGUGCUGGGACUCCUGCCCCAUGUGUUUCCUUCAUCCACCUAAUUCUGGAAAAUCACGCGAGAGAGUUCUAUUUUACCUGCAUUUUUGUAUUAAGUUGCUGCUUUCAGAAUUGUUUCAAUUUACUCAGCAGGCAAUUUUAGGUAAUAUAUUUUAAAAUACAAAAAUAAUGAAUUUUGUCAUGGUUUCCAGUGUAGUCAUAUGAAUUCUAGGAGUUUCUAGGAGGGGAGCUUUGUGCAUCAGUUUGGAUCCCGUAUCACUUUGGCAAUCUGAAGCACCCAAAAUGAAUCAGACAACCUGGAUGGAUGACUCCAAUUAAAUACAAGGGAAGUCAAUAAAGAUAAAUGCAAGCUACCGUGUUGAACAGUAAUAAUCCUAUAAAUACACAAUAAGAAAGAAAACCAAUCACAUCUGGUAUGGGGGAAAGAUGAGGAGUUCUGAUAAGUGAAAACUGAGUGCAAUUGGGAAAACAGCCAACUGCUUUCUAACCUAUCAGUACAAUUGCUAUCGAGCAUAAGGUGCCUGGAGUAAUUCUGCCUCAAAACAGCAAGCCCUCAGCUACAGCACAAGGCUCCAAACACUGAACACAACUUAGGGGAAAAGAACUGAUUUCUAACGAUGGUCAACCCCAAAAGGCCUUGGGUGGCAGAACAGCGGAGACUGUUGGCACCGCAUGAAUCCAUUUUUCAUUACUCUGAUGAAAUCCCUAGGCAGCCUGCUGUAUAGAGAGCAAAUUAUUUUGAUCACGGAUCCAGAGGCAUAAGGUGUAUGGCCCUCUUGCUGGAAGGGUCCCAAAGGAACACAGGCAUCAUGUGGCAAGAGACAGGAGGUGCACAAGUGCCCCUCUGCUAGGAGGCCCCCAGGAGUUGAGCAUGAGGGCUGCACCCUGAUGAUGUCAUCUGACCCCAAAAUACCCCACAUCCAAGCACCACAGCCAAAUGGUUUCCAUCAACAUAAAACUUUAGGGACUAAGCUCCUUCCUAAGGUCAGGGAGAAAGCCAUAUCAAACUACAGCGGCAGUACCCAAUGGCAAAACUUCUCUGAGAGCAGGCAGGCAGUUCAAGGACUCUGUGGAAGGAGCAUUUUAACGUCUCGCCUGCCCAGCAGUGGCGACCCAGCUUGGCUCUGGGAGCACCCCUGGAGUCAGGAAGACCUGAAAGGGGUGCCCUUGACCCCCUGCCGUGGCCCAGCCUCCUCCGUGGGAGCCGUGCUGAGUGCUGCUAAAGCCGAAGCAGCCCUGGAUGUCUCAGCCAAACAGGCCUAGGUUCAGCAUGGAAGGCACCCAGCGUGGCCACAGCAGUCCUCCUGGAGGGGCCGUGGUCAGGCCCUCACUGGUGCCUUGCCACGGACAGCAUGGAAAAGGUCAGCGUCUGAUAUUUAGGUUCAGCUUCAGAAAGACCAUGUGGUGGCCCAGGGACAUGAUCUGAUAGGUCCUCCUUGACUUCCUGCCUGUAAUGCUAAGUGGGGAAUCCUUUCACCUCCAGGAUUGAGGCAGGCAAAGGAUCGUAAAACCCAGGAGGGAAAGGAAGAACUGGGUAAGCACACUGAUUAGCCAGAAAUCACUGUUCUCAGGCCUGCAUGUUGCCUGGGCUCACACGCUACCCAGGCUUGCCAGCUGUCACAGAUGAGAUACAGGAUGCCCAGCCACUUUGAAUUUCAGAUGAACUACACAUAAUUUUUGUCAAUAUGUGUCAUGCAAUUCUUAAGGUGUGCUUAUACUAAAAAUUAUUUUGCUAUUUAUGUGAAAUGUAGAGUCCACUGGACAUGCUGUGUUUUAUCUGACAACCACGGCAUCAACCAUGUGCCUGGCACAUACAUGGCCCAUGUCCCACGGUCACCUGCAGGAGUCCUAGCCGACAUCUGAAGCUACCACAUGACAAAGCAAGCCCAAAGCCCCUGUCUCUGAAACACGGGAGUUUAAGGUACUGGGUACAGUCACUACCCCGGAGGAAACUGACACAGAUGUUACUGUUUUCUUGAGUUUUUUUUUUUUUUAAGUUUUAUUUUAUUUAUUUGAAAGGCAGAGUGAGGGGCGAGGGGGAGAUGCAAUCUUGCCAUCUGUUAGUUCACUCCCCAAAUGGCCACAACAGCCAGGGCUGGGCCAGGCUGAAGCCAGGACCCUGGAACUCCAUCCAGGCCUCCCACAUGGGUGCAGGGGCCCAAGCACCUGGGUUUUCUUCUCCUGCUCUCCCAGGUGCAUUAGCAGGGAGUUGGAUCAGAAGUAGAGCAGCAGGGACUCAAACCGGCACCCUGAUAUGAAAUGCAGUCUCCCAGGUGGUGGCUUACCCACAGUGCCACAAUGCAAGCUCCUAACACAAAUUUUAAAUACACAUACACACACACACAAUAUGGAAAACACAACACACAAUGUGGAAUACACAACACACAUACACAGUUCUCAAAGAGUACAUGGAAAAUGGAUGUCAUGAAAAAAAAAAACCAGCAUGGAUUUCAAAAAUAUUGGCCAAAAAGUCACCUUCUUACUCCCUUUUACAACAUUUCUGCAGUCCCCUCACGUACACACCUCGCCACCCAGAAGUCACUUUCCUUGGCCUGUGGCACCCACACACCCAGGCACAGGGCUGCUUCCCAGCCGGCUCCCUGCUCCUCUCUCCCACACUGAACUCCAUCACCUGGCACAAAGCCACGCCUGCAUCCCUAACACUAUGUACCCGCUUACAAACCCCAGUGAGGGUGCACACUGGCAUAAAAGACCCUUCCUGAUCCCCCUGCUCAGUGUGUCCCUGGACAAUGCCCUGGGCUGGGCUGUAGCCGCCAGCCAGUGGGGACCAGCCUGUGGGAUCCAGAAGCUCCAGGCACUGCGUUCAGGAGAACGAGUACAAUCUGGGCGUGGGAAGACGGGGAAGUUGGCCUGGGCCCAGAACGUGCCUUGUGUGUUCUAAGAACUGUGAGAGGCCCACAUGGAAGCAGACGCCCAGACUCAAGGGGGCGUCGGUGUCUUUGUGUCCCGGGUGCUUUCUGAGCCUCAGAUCAUACCAUGGGGAGACUCACCUGGUGGCGCUGUGGGCAUCAGCAACUCAGAAGUUACUUAAACAUGUCUCCGACCUGUGCCUCUAAGUGUCACCGUAAAUGCACUAUGGCAGAUCCUAUGUGAAUCUGUGCGCGCUGUCUCGGCCCCGGGACGAGGCCGCCUGCAGUGUGGACUCCGCCUUUCACUGUCUUGUCCCUCUCCCGGAGGGUUCGGUUCUCUGUGCACAUGGGCUGCUGAGCAGGUCUUAGCUUCUAGCCUUCCCUGGGGCUGCCCCCGACACAGAGAUGCCCCUUCUACCCAUCCUCUGGGGCUCAGGUUUAACAGUGUUGCUUGCUUCCAGAAGUCUUCCUCGAGCCCCUGAUGUGGGCCCGGUGCCCACUGUCAGACAGUCGUGUGGACACCACUUUACCCUGCAUGCAGCAUGCCUGGGGAAUAUCCUUGCAUCUCCCUCUGAGCUGCCAUGGGUCCUCUCUUUGGAGAGAGGCGCCUGUGAACUCCUCUGGUCUCCUCACCACCUCUAGGCUCUCGAGGCCACAGGCCCACACACUGAGGUAUCCAUCAUGCCAAAAGUCCCAGGGCACUCCCAGCUCAGAGUGUCAAAAGCAAAAUCUCUCCUCUUCCCCCACACCUGCUGCUCCCCCUGCCUGGCCUCCGCAUCCACGCUGGGACCUGAGGCACCUGGAGCCACUUCAAACUUCUCUCUCUUCCCAGGCCAGGUGGGCACAAAAUGCUCUCAGAGUUGCCUCCCCUCCACCUUGUGUGCCGUGGCUCUUGUCCUUCUAUGGCCACUGCCCAGCUCCCACUGGGGCGCUGUCCCCUUGGGCUGCACACCCUCCUCAGUCCCGCUCCAGGCCCUUGUGUUCAUUUUCCACCGUCAGUGGCCUAACACAGCCCACGUUCACGAUGGUGCAGCUCAGAGUUCAGUCUGCCGGGUGCAGUCCAGGUGUCUGCAGAGAACCUCCCUGCCCGCGCUGUCCCAGCCUCCAUCCCUCGGCUCACAGGCCCCACGUCUAGCCAACACCUCUGCCUCUUGCCAGCCUUUCCUACUGUGUUGCCUCUGACCUUGUUUGGCCUUGCUCCCGUACUGAGGACGCCAUGAUGAUGUCAGAUCCAUGCAGAGAACAGCAGCAUCUUCCCAUCCCAAGUCACCAGGGCUCGUGUGUCUGCACAGUCCCUUUGCCAUGGCUGGGGCACGCCGAAGGUUCCAGGGCCAGGCUGUGCACACCCGGCGGUGGGGGACAGGUGUCUCUGCCUGCUGCAGCAGCACUGGAGUGCUCUAAGAUGUGUUGCUUCGACUCACCGUCACUCACAGCGACCUGAGGAAUAACAGCCCAAACUCCCCAACAGGGGCCAUCACGCUCUGCCUCCUCGGCGUCUCCUCAGGUUGAUCUUGAGGAUUCCGCCCCUUCCUGUGUUCCCUGCUGUUUUGUCCAUGCAUCUUGAGUGUCAAGUGGCUCUAUGGAAACUGUCGCUAGACCGGGAACCACUGGGGUAUAACUACUCCCUAACUGACAACUACGCCGAUACUCAGCAUACUGAUGGGCUUUUGCCUUGAGAUAUCUACCAGGCACUAAGAAUCCAUAGGAAACAACUACAGUCCUUGGAAAGCGCUAAAGAUCAUAACACUGGCUGGUUCUCGUUAGACUCUGCAGAUGGGACGUCUUGCUCCUUGGCAUGAGCGUGUGAGGCAGGAGCCAUCCCUGCCCCCAGCUCGGGGAGGACAAACCCAAAACAGGGGAGGCUGAGAGUCCACGCACUCCGCGUGUGGAGGCAGGACUGGACCUUGCGCCCCUCCUUUCUGCCUCGAGGUGAGAUGAAGCUGCUGACUGCCUUCAGGCCGGCCUCCUUAGUCACAUCUGGAGGAGACACUGAGAUGGACUUGAGAGGGGAAUUACAGUAAAAGCAGCCACGGGAAGAUGGUGGAGGGAAGCAGAGAGGGUUUUUGCAACUGCCUGUGCAUGCCUGGUUGAACUGAACCACUAAACCCUGCUCACCCCUCAUUACCUGUGUCUGAGGACGGGCAAGAGGCUGAGCUGAUGAACCCUUAAAGAGCAAAGCCUCCAUUUUUAUGCAAAUAGCCAAGAGCAGUAAACCCUGGAGAGAGACUCCAGUGGAAUGUGCAUUACUGAAAGGCCCAGCAAGCCACAGUGUUAUUCAGGAUUAAACUCCUGGCAGCGACAACGUUUUAAAUUUGUGUUUUAAAUUAUUUUUAAAAUGAGAAGAGGUAAUGGCAAAAUAUAACCUUGAAUUUCACUGCUUCAAUAAUGCGUCACUAUCUCGAGAUGACUUAAACAUUCCAUUCUGAAUUACACAUUAUUAGGAAAUAAUACUGCUCCUCCGACGGCAGUACUGAAAGCUGAGGGCCUCUGACUUGAGUACCGUCCUCCAGCUCCACUCACCCUCUUUAGCUUUAGAAAUUCAUGUUGGGAGCCAGUGCUGUGGCGUAGCAGGUAAAACUUCUGCCUGCAGGACCGGCAUCCCCUAUGGGUUCGAAUCCUGGCUGCUCCACUUCUGAUCCAUCUCCCUGCUAAUGUGUCUGGGAAAGCAGUGGAGGAUGGCCCAAGUCCUUGGGCCCCUGCACCAUGUCAGAGACCUGGAAGAAGCUCCUGGCUCCUUUCUGGCUUUGGCCUGGCCCAACACUGCCAGUUACAGUCAUUUGGGGAAUGAACAAGCAGAUGGAAGAUCUUUCUUUCUCUCUCUCUCUCUCUCUCUCUCCUCUCUCUCUCUCUCAACUUUUAAAAAUUAUUUUUAGGCCGGCACCGUGGCUCAAUGGGCUAAUCCUCCACCUUGCGGCGCCGGCACACCGGGUUCUAGUCCCGGUCGGGGCGCCGGAUUCUGUCCCGGUUGCCCCUCUUCCAGGCCAGCUCUCUGCUGUGGCCAGGGAGUGCAGUGGAGGAUGGCCCAAGUGCUUGGGCCCUGCACCCCAUGGGAGACCAGGAGAAACACCUGGCUCCUGCCUUCGGAUCAGCGCGGUGCACCGGCCGCAGUGCGGCCAGCGGCAGCGGCCAUUGGAGGGUUAACCAACAGCAAAAGGAAGAGCUUUCUCUCUGUCUCUCUCUCUCACUGUCCACUCUGCCUGUCAAAAAAAAUAUUUUUAAAGAUUUAUUUAUUUAUUUGUUUGAAAGGCAGAGUCACAGAAAGGCAAAGGCAGAGAGAGAGAGAGGUCUUUCAUACGUUGGUUUGCUCCCAAAUGGCCACAAUGGCCAGAGCUGGGCCAAUCCGAAUCCAGGAGCCUAGAGUUUCUUCCAGGUCUCCCAUGCAGGUGCAGGGUCCCAAGGACUUGAGCCAUCCUCUACUGCUUUCCCAGGACAGCAGAGCUGGGUCGGAAUUGGAGCAGCUGGAACUCGAACCGGCACCCACGUGGGAUGCCAGCACCUCAGGCAGCAGCUUUACCUGCCAUGCCACAGCGUGGGCCCAGAUACAACAUUUUAACAUCUAAUUAAAAGUUGCAUCUGUUUGGCAUUCCAUGGUUGUAAAAAUGUUAUUAUUUUUAGCUAAAAUGAAGGAAAUUGAUGGACUCUCAAAGGAAAAGUUAUCCUAUCCUUAUUAUAGUGGCACUUACGCAGUUAGAAACAGCAGCAAGUGGUGUGUCAUGUUUAUGUGAAGAGCACUGGACUGGGUCCCUGGCUAUGGACAUGAGUCCUGGUGCCAUGUCCCCUAAUUUGUUUUUCUACCUUCAUCAGAGAUUGUGUUAAGUAUUCAAUAGGACAAGCAUUCUGCUAAGUUCCUUCUAGAUAGUAUCUCAUUUACUCUUAACAAGAUCAUGAAUGAAGUCAACCAAACUAUUAUCCUAUCUAGAUUCUCUGCACGCUGGGGCACUGAAGGGCCUCCAGGGUCGCUCUGGCAGUGGAGUGCCAAGGGACGCCUUCCUCUCAUGCCUGCUGAUUGUCUUGGAAGAGCCCGGGGUGAUGAUCCUAGCAUGUGUGGACGCUCUUGGCUCUUUCCCCUCCAUCUCCUUCCAGUGGCCCCCGACGCUGCUACGUUUCCAACACUGCGCCUUCUUCCUCUACUGCUUCCUUGAUGGCAGCACAGGGCCUGCCCACACCUGACCAGCCCCUCUCACCGGGAGGCUGGCUCUCAUCCGGGCGGGGGUGGGGAGGGUCUGUUAACCUUCUCCCUCUCUUUAAUUUUUCCCUUCAGUUACUUUAUUUGUUUAUUUACUUGACAGAUAGAGUUAGACAGUGAGAGAGAGAGACAGAGAGAAAGGUCUUCCUUCUGUUAGUUCACUCCCCAAUGGCUGCUAUGGCCGGAGCUGCGCCGAUCCGAAGUCAGGAGCCAGGUGCUUCUCCUGGUCUCCCAUGGGGUGCAGGGGCCCAAGCACUUGGGCCAUCCUCCACUGCACUCCCAGGCCACAGCAGAGAGCUAGACUGGAAGAGGAGCAACCGAGACUAGAACCCGGCGCCCAUAUGGGAUGCCAGCACUGCAGGCCGAGGAUUAACCAAGUAAGCCACGGCGCCGGCACCCUUCAGUUACUUUUGCCAUGUACCUAAGAACAGUUAUUAGAUUGAGACCCCCCGAAUCAAACAAAUGUCUCUGCAUGCAUCUAUCCUCUGUCAAGUUCAAGACAUGGGCUUGUUGUCACCUCUGUAUUUUUGGGACUCUGUGGUUUGAGAAUAUUGCUUGAUUUUGACAGAGCUGAUGCUUCCAGGAAAUUCAUAGGAUUCUGCAGCCACUGGAGUCCCCAGGAAACUGUGGUAGCUAACCCAUCCGCUUGGAAGCUGUUACACAGACAAUGUCACAGUGCCCCCCUCUCUGUAUCCUCUCUGGACCUCAAGAUGUCUCCACCUGUGUUUCAUUCAAGGAUAUUUCAUUUACUGCAGAGUCAGCGCAAACACAUUCAUGUCCCUUUCCAUGCAGAGUCUCACAAUUCACCAAGACUUAGGUGAAUAAUUACCUUUUUCCUUUUCAUGUACCAUACUCACUGAAAGGUAUUAAUAACUGAUGUGUCUUUUUGACUAAACUUUAACAAAGCAGCUGGUUUAUAGAAACUUAAAUUACAAUGUGCACAGUAUUGACAUCGUGGAAGGAAAGUUAGGCAUUUUAGUAAUUAAGUUAAACAGUUGUUUUGCCCCACAACUCAAUAUUCCUUUCAAUUUCCCAACCCCAAUUCAGAAUUACUGAACCUGAACUUGCUGAGAACAUACACACUUAGCUGAAUACCACCCCCUCCGCUGAAUGUGGGGGGAACAAAAUUUCUCUUCUCGGAGGAGUUCCUACUACACACUUUGGUUUUGUUUUUCUUCCCUCCUCAGCUACCAUAUUGAGCACUGACUAUCUUGGGCCUUCUCCUAGUCUCUUUCUGACUAUCACUGUGUUCGCUCACAAGCACUGUGACAUGGCAGGCCACUGAAGGUCACAGUUAGGACACCGCAGAUCCAGGGUUCCGACGUGCGAGUCAGCUCACAUGGCGUCUGCUCCGUCAGGAAGGUGCUGCACAUCACUUCAUCAGCAUCCUGUGCAUUUGCCUCUCCAUUGCGUCCCAGACCCCAGUGAAAUCCCCUAGUCAGGAGCUCAGGGUCUGGUCGUUCUUUUUCUUUCUCUUUUCUUUAAUGAGUUUUCUCAGUUCUUUUUUUGAAAAAGAUGUAUUUAUUUGAAAGACGAGUUACAGAGAGAGGUGGAGACAGAGAGAGAGAGAGUCUGGAGCUGGGCCAAUCCAAAGCCAGAAGCCAGAAGCUUCUUCUGGUCUGCCACUUGGGUGCAGGAGCCCAAGGACUUGGGCCAUCUUCUGCUGUUUUCCCAAGCUCAUUAGCAGGGAGCUGGAUCAGAAGAGGAGCAGCUGGAACUCGAAGCGGCACUCACAUAGGAUGCUGGCGCUGCAGGCCAGGGCUUUAACCUGCUGUGCCACAGUGCAGUACCUAGUCUGGUUGCUCUUUACUGACCCUACCUUGUAGUUUCUCCUGCAUCUGAAUCCUCUCCAUCAGCAGGACUGAUCUUUUUAUCACCCUAAGACACGCCAUAUUUGCAUUCUUCUCGUGGAAGUCUUACUUAGGAUUAUUCAUUUUCAAAGUUUUAUGAAAUAUUUGUAUCAUUUCUUGGUUUCCUUUUGGGUUUGGGUCUCACACCCCGCCAACUGUCACAUCAGAUUUCAUGCACUCCCUUCUAGAACAUUCCAUUGGGGGGCAUGUAGAUAUACUCAUUUAUCCAACAACUGAGUGCAUUCCUUUCUAUGGCUCUAACAUAUGCAACUGGUUCUCUCUUGAUGGACAUUAGGUUAUUUCAAGGCUUUUAAAACAAUUUCAUGUGUCAUGUUUUGUGUGCUUGUGUGAACAUGUCUGAACAAUGCAUUCACAAGAAUAGAACGUACAUGUUUCAUUUUUAGGCUGAUACUGAACUUGACCCCUUUCAUCCUCCCGAAGUCUAAGAAACUUUGGCACAGUCCACAUCUUCUUCUUAGCAUUGAGUAUGUUGGCUUCUGGAGUUGGGAGUGGGCUGUUCCUUGGCUCUGUGGCUACCUGGACCCAAUAGCAGUUAUUAUAUCGUGCAUGGACUCUCAAAAUCCCAGGCCAGUUGUUUAGAAUUUAGGAAAGGAUGAAAUCUGUAAACAUGCCUUUGGUUUAGCCAUGAUAGUAUGGCAGAGGCCUCCCCACGGUUAGAAAGAAAAAAAAAAACACUUAUCCUGGAAAUGAAAUGUGGUCAUUAUCUGCUGGCCUGCAAAUGUUUCAUUUGUAGCUGUUCCAGCUUCUGCUUGUUAGCAGGGAGUGAUGGUGUUAACCCCUGCCAGACAGCAUACAGCUCAGUACGUGUGUGGAAGAAAUAUUAGGUGCAUGAAGAAAAACUAGUUAAACGUUAUCAGUAACUAUUACACAGAGGCAGUAGUGUAUCAAUUCCCAUAGCCGCCAUGUAACAUUGGAAUAUCCGAUCAAAUGCACUCAUAUAGCUAUUUAAGGGAGAUAAAGAAGCUAAAACCAUAUAUAAGGAAAUAUCUCUCUUUGGGGCUCAGACUUUUGGAUAAAAAUCCAAGUGGGCCUUAUGCUGGCAUAAUAAUAAUAAUAAAAAUAAAGAGUGUUUCCUGGCCUUGGUUCAUGAAUCCCACUACAAUAGUAGUAUUUUCUCAAGUGGAUUUGCAUGAAAUCUCAAGUAAGUCUAGAUGUUUUCAUGCAACAGGCCUAACGUGCACACUUGGUCAGAGGGGUCAAAUGCUGCUUACCAGGGGAAAUGCGUGUCUUCAUCAGCAGGAACGUCCAUCAGUUAGGGUCUGGGACUGCUGGGCCACAGCCUGAAGGACAGCUAGCAGCCACCAGCCAGCUGCUGGGGCCAGGCCAGCUGGGAGAGCCACAGGAGCCCAUUCACCCAGCACUGGGCAGGUGGUGACCUCCAAGAGGACCAUCCUGUUGGGUGGGAUGUGGUCCAGGAGCGGCAGGUGCAGGUGACCUUGGAACUCAGUCGUCAUUAUCUACAUGGCUUCCAGUCCCGUCAAACCCUAGUAGAACCAUGGUUCUCCGCCGUGGCUGCAUCUGAAAUCACAUGGGAAGAUUUAUAAGUUCUGAUGCUGAUUUCUGUUUCCCUUGGCUGUGCAGUAACCCCAGUCCCACUCCGAUGCCUCUAAAUGAUCUGAGUCGCAUGUGGAACACGGGCUUUUCAGCUCUCAUUUGGUUCUGCUAGUUUCUUCCUCUCCUGCUCUCCCUGAUCCCAUGGGAGAAUAAAUUUGGACUCAGCCCAUGCAGGUUACCCGUAUGACCAGUGCCUGCCUGAGAAGGACCCCAAUCCACGCUGUCAGUCGGUGCUCUGGCCCCAUCUUGCCUCCUGCAGAUCCAGGGGUGCGGUCUGAGCACAGUCUGGGGCAUGGGCGUUCUGAGAAGCUGCCCAGGUAGGGCCAUCCUGCAGCCUCCCCUAGAACAAGCACAGUAGGACGACAGCCAGGCAAGGUCAGCUAGAUCUGGUCCCCAGAGCUGAGCACCAAAACAGACCCUGGCCGUGUCCAAGCCAAACCCUGACACUGGAGUCACAGACAAAGGGCAGCUGCAGAGCCUGGGUGACCUGGCAGGGCUGACGAGGGCUGGCGAGGGCUGCCCCGUGUGGGAAGAAGGGCACCUGCAGGACUCAGCAGAGACCUCGCAGUAAGAGCAGCUCCAGUUCUCCCGAGCCCAGCGGCUGACGGGAUCCUGACCUGACCAGGUUUCACUAGGAAACGAGGGCGGCUCUGCCUGCAGGUGGAGGGUAUCCAGAACUCCAGCAGGGAGGGACUGGAGGAAGUUAAACCUGAUUUCUUUCCAGGUAAUUGGCUGCGUGCUGGGUACACAGGCCAAGAUGCAGCGAUCCACUCCCACCUGGGGCCCCCAGGCAUCUCCACACCUACCUGCCAAGGCCACUGCUUUGCAUCAGCCCCUGUUCUGAGCCAGAUUUCAGUUCUGAGGAUUUUAAUAGUACAAGAAGUAUUAUUGUCCAUAUUUUAUACGCCUUUGUUCUUACACCUAACUUUAUAAUUGUAUCUUAUAAACUUAGAAAUGGUCUGUGAGUGGUUUCAGAAAGUUUUAGUGGCAUAUGAAAUACUAAAAUUUAUAAGAGAGUUUAUACCAAAACAGAUUUAGACUUCAGACUGAAUUCCUUUUGGUGUGAGUUGUAAAUUUUAUUGUCAAUACAAAGGUUGAUAAAUAAUCACAAAGAUCCAUUUUCAAGGACAAAAAGAAUUUACAGGUCUCGGUUAUUAUUUUAAAUCUAUGAAUACUAUAUUUUAGAGGCAAAUAGAUGUUUUGGUUCAUUAUUUAAGUUGCCAUGAACCAAAGAGCGUUCUUUCUCAGAUAAGCAAAAUUGCUUAGACAUUAUUUCAGAUUUCCAUUUCUUAUUUUUCUGUUCUUACAUGUAACUGUGAAGUUCUACAAAUUUCCACUCUUUUAAAGAAAAAGGUUUGGCUUUUUAAAAAAAUGUGUAAAAUACUUGUUUUUGAGAACAGCAAGGCCAUAUGGGAGGGAGGUGAUUGGGAGGUAGAAGUGGGUCAGAAUCCAUAACAAAACAGUAUUUGUUUCUGUCCUCCCUGCUUUGCAAUAACCCUAAUCCUCCUCACAUUCCUGCAGAUAUCCGCACUGCGGUCUUUCAGCUCCCAUUCAGUCUCGGCCUCUCUCCUGCCCCGCCCCUCUGAGCAGGCCUGUGGCAUCCUCGCCCCACUUACACCCUGGGCAGCUGGCCUGCUCCCCAGUCCACGCAGUCAGUGUGAAUUUUCUCCUGAGUCUGGACAAGACUGCUUUGACUUCCUGUCCAGCCUCCACGUCACUUGGACUCUGGAAGCGAUCCCAAGGGGGCCCCUGGCUCCAAGGCCCCUGGCCUUGGGUUAGGAUAUGGUGUAGGGGAGAAGGCAGAGUUACCCCCAAGAUCUCUUUGAGCCACUCAUUACUCCAGGAGCCCCAGGACUGACGGCAAAACCCUCAGAUAACAAGUGUGCACUGCUCAAAUCUUCACAUCUCAGGCUCGGCACUGGGCUUUGGGACCUGAGACCCAAACUGGAGCCCCGUCACACUUGGAGCCCAGGCCGCACAGCUUGGAGGCGGAAGCCUAGACUUAGAGCCCAGUUAUGAAGGAUAGUGAGUGGCCUCAGACAGUCCCUUAAUGGUCUGAGGCUUGUGGUCUUAACACACUUUCAUGGUAGAAUGCCUGUGGCACUUGGGUGGAGGAAUACACGCCCAGGGUAUGCAUGUAUGUCCCUGUGCAUGUAAACUGUGAAGUGCUGGGCAGGGGUGUGCCAUUGUGGCUUUUUUUUUUACGAUUUACUUAUUUAUUUGAAAGGUGAAGUUACAGAGAGGGAGAGACAGUGUGCGUAUGUAUGAGAGAGAGAGAGAGAGAGAGAGAGAGCUUCCAUCUGUUGGUUCACUCCCCAGAGGGCUGCGCCAGGCAGAAGCCAGGAGCCAAGAGCUCCCUCAGGGUCUCCAAGGUAGAUGGCAGGGGCCCAAGCACCUGGGCCAUCCUCCACUGCUUUCCCAGGCUAUUAGCAGGGAGCUGGCUUGGAAGAGGAGCAGCCGGGAUUCCUAUCAGUGUCCAUAUGGGAUGCCUGGGCUGCAGGCCAUGGCUUUACCGGCUGCCCCACAACACUGGCUCCUACUGUUGUGGCUUUAAAAGAAGUUGGAUGCCAAAGGCAUGUGUUGAGCCUCCCCUAGCAGGCUAGGAUCUAAGAGACUUUAACCAAAGGAGUAAGACCUCCUCUCUGUCUCAAGGGGCAGCCAUCUACCAGAGCCUACAUGGUGCCUGUUCAGAAAAGUGGAUGGUUUGGUAGUCCUGGGUGUGGACAGGGGCUGGCACCGGGCCGGGGGUGGGCGGGAUGCAGUGGCUGUGUAGAGGCCGAGGAGUGGCCCCCAACUUCAGCAGGGAGUGCCUCAGCCCCUCACCUCGCCCGCCGCGCCAAGGCCUGGGCGCUGCCAGGAGGACAAAGAGGCCAUUGCGGGGAGAGAGCCCAUUCCCCAGAGCACGGCCGGGCCGCCUCGCCAGGGACAGAGCAGCACGGGAAACGCCGGCCUGGCUCGCUAGGAAAGGGCUUGGUUUCCCUCACGGGAGGCUUCCAUCAGCUGUGCGACGCGCUCUCCAGAGUCCACCAAAGGCGCCUUUGGGGCGAGGCGGGUGCGUCCUGGGUACCAGGGCGGUGGGCGACGGCCGCUGCCCAGCACCUGCCAGCGAGUGUGGUGCUCAGCUCCUCCGCAUCUGCCGGGACAACACCGCGCUGUCUCCUCCCGCCGCUCCCUCGCGACUGUUUUGCUUGUUCCAUUUGCCCUGCACGACAACUGAAAAAAAAAAUGUAGAUGAGAAUCAACCCUUUAUUCCAACAGCAGUGAAAGAAUUAUUUUGUUAAUUGGUGUAUUGAUAUCCCAAGAACUGCUUACUGUGCCAAGUUAUUAAGGAUAAGUAGACGAGAGGCAGAUUAAACUUUGAAUCACCUGUUCCUCUGGGCAAAACACAUAAACCAAACUGACUGCAGCCAAAUGUCAUAUUAUUUACAUGGCGCGCACAAUUUAUUUUCCUAAAAAUGUGCUCAACAAAAGACUCAAAUUUGCUCUUAAGCAUAUAAUGGGUCCCACUUAAUAGUGGAGCUCUCUGAUGUGCCCUUCUGUAUAAUUAAAUCAUAUGGGAAAAUGUCACAAAACAAAAUAAAAUGUAUUUAUUUCAGCCGUAUCUUCCCACAGCAUGACAUGAAGUCUGAAAAAAGAAUCACUAAGCAUUUUUAUGCCAUCUGUGCUGGUAGGAGACGCGUUUACCAAGCAUGUCACUGUAAAAUAUUUCCUUUUGAAUUAAGCAUGGUCUGCUUAUUACUAUGUAGUGGCUGGCUGAAUGGGUGCAGAAGUGGGCAGAAUCCUGCGCCGGUCACAGGAAUCCUUCUUCUCCUACGUACCACCACUGGUCCCCUAUCAUGCCUUUCACUGAAUUUCAAGAAAUGCAAAACAGAGGAACCAUUUAAAAAUUAGAUCCAUGUUAAGUUCCCCAUGCUGCUUCAUCCAAGCAAAGUUCUGGCAAUACUUUCCAAUCAUAGCUUCUCGGGAGCAGGAUGUGACAAGCUGGACAAGAGCGCAGGUGGACCCGAGAAUCCCCGUGGCAGGAGCGCAGCCUGUGUGUCCGCGACGUCUGGACAGCAGCGGCUCAGUCCGCUCUCCCAGCGAGCCACUCUCCCACUGGGGGCUAACGCCAUCCAAGUAGCGACAUGAAAGUCAUGAAUUCUUACAGGAAGUUGUGUUUCCUGCAUCCACUUUACACUUUGUCUAGCAGAUGUGCAAAUCCUCGUAAGGUUUUCAGAGGACAACUUGAUUGGCCCAGAGGAACAGCAGCAGGUUCCAGCUUACACACACCUUUGAGUUUGUGUUCAAAGCCGAUGUCCUUUGUGAGACAGCUAUAAAUGAUCGAGUGUAACGUGGUGUACGAUGAAAAUAUAACUGCUCUGAGUCCUGCUAACUGUGAACCUUCCCAAGUCAGUGACGUCUUAAAGCCUUCAAACCCAGCUAAAUUAGAAUAUGAUUUACCUAAACGUAAGUUAACAAGGAUUCUACCAUUUUGAUCAUGACUAUACAGAAAAGCUAUGAUUUUUCUACAGUAGAAGAAUCAUAAAUUAUACAGUUUAUCAUAAAAUCAAGGGCUAGCUCACUUAAUAAGUGAUCUUGCUUCCCCUCGAAACUAAACAGAUUUCAAGUUCCAUGAAGUUUUUUGGUGUGUGUGUGGGGGGGGUGCUUUUGUUUAUUUUUAUGUAUUUGAAAGGCAGAGCAACAGAGAGAGAGGACAGUAAUAUCACCCAUCCACUCUCGUGCUCCCCCCAAAGCCCGCAACAGUGAGGGUUGGGCCAGCCCACCCAGGAACCUAGAGCUCCAGCCGGUCUCCCACACGGGUGGCAGGGACUCCAGCAUGGUUUCCAUCAUGCUGCCUCCAUGUGCAUUUUAGCAGGAAGCUGGAUCGAAAGAAGCGGGAGUGGAUAUCCCAAAUACUGAGGCCUAAGCUGCUGUGCUGCCAUGCCCCACGCCCAUAGAGUUUUUGAAGUCCCACUGCCUUAACAGCCAACCCACCAGUUCCCUGAAGCUGUUUCUGACAAUGAAAAUGCAUGUGAAAGUGAUUUGUAAACGAUUACAUGAGACACAAAACCUUGUUGUUGUCAUUAAUAGUAUUAUAAGCGGCGAAAUUGUGGCAGCUACUUUUUUCAGUAUUGAUCGCGUGGGUUCCCAGCUGAACAUAAUACUUUUUCCUAUGGCAUUCAUUUUAUCCACUGAAUGUUUCAUUUUAACACUCUUUUGUGCACUGCCUUUGAACUUGAUCUUGAACACUUUCUGUCCGUGGCUUAUCCCUUCCAGUGACUGGGGGUCAAGAUCCUCAUCAGAGAGGUUGGAAGUUUCCCACAGGGAAUCAGAGUGGGCACUGCAGCAAACAUCCAUUAAAGCUUUGAAGGAAUUCUGCUUUCACUCCACUCUAACUUUUAAAGAGAAAAUUAGUUUGACCACAAUUAAUUUAAAAUAUUGCUUUUGUGUAGCCUGGCUGCAGUUUCCCAUCAUUUCAAGGGUCUCUGAUACUGACUGGCAUUUUCAAUCUAAUGAAAGGGAAGACCACCUUUAUUGAUACAACAAAUGACUCCACUUCCCAGUUCUGACUUCUGUCCCUGUGACCUCUGGCUUAUCCCUCUGUGUGCUAUGGGUCAGGGCCCGUAUCGCAGAGGCUCCAAGUACCCCAGGGAGAGCGCUGGCCACCUACACUGAAUAUUUUUAAAGGAGAAUCUUUGAAGAAUUAAAUAUUUACAGCUGUAUAUUCCCUUCCAGCUUCUAUGUGUUACCAGGGGUUGUGCUGUGUUGUAAUAGUAUAGCAGAAAAUAUGGAUUUACUUUCAGUCCAAAAGUUUGGAAGUUAAUACUCUGAUUUUACCAGCUGUGAAAGAUGUCGAUAUUUGAAGAAAAGCUGCCAGAACUAAAGCUAAUGCAAUCCAAUAGCACAUGUGCUAAUUUAUGUUUCUUUCAAAACCCAGAAGGCCAGAGAGGUCUGCACGGUCCCAAUUUUGUUGUUUGGUGUCAGUUUUCCCUAAGUGUUCUGCAGAAACUUCUUUUAACCAAAUUACCAUGGGAAACCAAAAAUGGAAAGCACUAAUGAUUUAAAUGAACGUUUAAUUCCAGUUGCACUUUAAAAAAAUUAUUGAUUUCAAAAGCAGAGUUAAAGAGGGAGAAACAGAGAGAGAAAGAUCUUCCACUCACUGUUUGACUCCCUAGAUGGCUACAAUGGCCUGGGCUGGGCCAGACCAAAGCCAAAAGGCAGGAGCUUCUUCCAGGUCUCCCACGUGGGUGCAGGGGCCCAAGGGGACUGGCUUCGGCUGCUUUCCCAGGUGUGUUAGUAGGGACUUGGACCAGAAGUAGAGCAGCGCGAAUCCCAUAUGAGAUGCUGGCUUUGCAGGCCCAGCGGC